AUGGUGCAUAAAACUCGUUUGCUCAAGAGCGUUGGAAUAGCAAUGUCAGUGAAGGGGUGGUUGAAUGAAAAGAUUGUGGAUCCUAUGAUCCAAAUCCUCCGCAAGGGAGCACAACCCAAGCAAUUGGCCUUUUCUGCAGCUUUGGGACUUACUAUAGGAGUAUUUCCAAUUUGUGGGGUGACAGUGGUGAUGUGUGGGAUGGCAAUAGCGGUGUUGGGAUCAUUGGCCCAUUCUCCAACGGUCAUGCUUGCUAACUUCAUUGCUACCCCUAUUGAGUUGAGCCUUAUGGUGCCGUUCUUGCGGUUUGGGGAACUGCUAACAGGUGGGGAGCCAUUUGAAUUAACAUCAGAUGCUUUAAACAAAGUAUUGACCGGCCAAGCUUCAACCGAACUCCUCUUUAGUAUUGCCCGUGCUUUGUUGGGGUGGCUUGUUGCAGCACCCAUUAUUUUGGGCACACUCUACUUUAUAUUUUUGCCAAUGUUCAAGUUCCUAGUCCCCAAGUUCAGUGGUGCUCCAGAGAAAAAAGAACAUGAUUCAUAA